CGUGGCUGGGGCACCAAAAGGGAAUUAAGGAGGCAACCUGCUCCAUGACUCGAGCUCCUGCUUCUGGCUCGGCUGGAGUUUCGAUUCCUCCAGGGUCCACACCAUCGUUGCUUCCACUGCAGCUGGAGACUUCGCUGGAAUAGUAUGCAAUCUUCUGUUACCCAUGUCCGAUGUGCAGCUGCACUGAUUGCGGUUGCUCCUCGUGCUUCGACAAGGACUUAAGCUGGCGGAGUUUCUGAGCGGGGGGAACACAGAUAGCAUUAAAUGGGGCCAUAAUUCCAUCCUAAUCUGAAGCUUGCAAUAGAGAGUACAGCACUGUUGUAGGGAGCAGAUGAUGGCCGUAGUCUCCACUUCGUUUGAGCAGCGCUGAAGGAGUGGCAGUUUGGCACUGGGGCGCACAGUUUCCAAGCGUUGUGUUUGUUGAUGAGCGUCCAUCUGGAAACGGUUUCGUGGGCGAGGAGACCCUGUUGCUGUUGCUGGGACGCAGCUGAGGAGUAUCCUGGGUUGCGCUGAGGAGUCAUGUGUUGGCCACAUUGGACUCUGGUCGUUGCUACUGAUGCGCCCAUUUGGAAAUGUAACAGCUCAGAUGGUGGGUUGGGACGCUGCGGUGGUGAGAUUAGAGCUGGGAGAUCCUUUUGACGGGUUCUAGUUUGCAAAGGCAGAGGAGGAACUGGAAUGUACGGCGGGGGUUCAAUGAGGGCAUGGCUCAGCGUCGCGCUUGUAGUUGCGUGUUUGGGUUGGACACUGUCUGCUGCAGUCACCGAUCCUGGCGAUGUAAAAGUUCUGCUCAAGUUGAAGAAAGCAUGGGGUGGCGGCCUGUCGCUCUGGAGCGGUUUAGAUCCUUGCUACGACGGAUGGUUGGGUGUCUUCUGCGACGACAAGAAUACCAGAGUAACAUCCUUGUACUUGAUAAGCGCAGACCUUGCGGGAACCAUUCCUCCAGAAAUAGGAUCACUUUCGGCUCUUGUUAAUCUGGAUCUUUCGUUCAACACGAAUUUAAAAGGACAGUUACCUUCUGAGCUGGGUUCCUUGACUAAUUUACUCUAUCUGAGUUUGCAAAAGUGCAGUUUCUCAGGGCGUAUCCCUGAAUCUCUGGGGAAGUUGGAAAAAUUGACUUUCUUAGCUUUGAACAACAAUGGAUUCAGUGGAGAACUUCCUUCAGCUCUUGGUGCACUAUCCAAGCUGAAGUGGUUCGACGUUGCCUACAAUAAGUUGGAGGGGUCUUUACCUGUCUCAACAAGCAGUAAAGACUCUCUAGGUCUUGAUACCUGGCCAGAUAUUGAACACUAUCAUUUGAAUGACAACCAAUUUUCCGGCAUCAUUCCACCUGAACUUGGGAACGCCGCGAAGUGCUUGCACAUGCUACUGGAGGCGAAUUCAUUCACUGGACCCAUACCCGAAUCCUUUGGAAAUCUCUCCAGUCUUCAGAUCCUAAGUCUUCAUUACAAUCAACUAGCUGGUCCAAUUCCCUCUACGCUAAGUAAAAUCAUUAAAUUUGGGAAAUAUGCUGGGCUACAUCAAAUUCGUGUUUCCAACAAUCAGCUGUCAGGAACUCUGCCAAAUUUGAAUGCUCUCAACCAACUUGAAUACGUUGAUUUCAGCAACAAUCUUUUUGAUCCACAACCUUUUCCCAAAUGGUUGAAUGAGUCUUCCGAAGAACUUCAAACUAUAAAAUGCGAGAAUUGCAGCUGGGUUGGGCCUCUUCCUGCUGAUAUUUUGGCAUACCCCUCACUUCAAGGCCUGUACCUUCAACAUAAUCGACUGAACGGGUCCCUCACGAUCCCAGUGAACUUGGGAAAGAAGUUGCAAUACGUCUCUCUCCAAAACAACGGAAUUUCAGUUGUCAACCCACAAAAUCCGAACGCUGAGUUACCACAAAUUCAGUUGGAGGAUAAUCCGAUAUGCUCUGGUGAAGGACUCUUGCGAGCAGGCCCCACUUUAUGUUCAACUGAGGCGAACUCAAAUGGGGCAAAUGAGAUUCUAACAUGGAUCUCGUCUCUUACAACUAACAAUAGUUGCCCCUCCUUGUGUCGAAACGCCAAUCACGUCUUAAAUCCGUACACUUGCCAUUGUGGCUACCCCCUUGUUGUAACACUUGAGAUCCGAGCGCCAAUCUCCUCAAUUGUUAAUGAUACGAGUUUGUGGGACUUGCUGAAGGCUCAAACAUAUGAUUCACUAAGGAACCUCACAUCUCAGAUUAAACCACCAUUGGAAUUGGACAGUGAGCAGCUAUGGGUAUAUCAAGCCCAACAUGCAAAUCACUCUAAAGUCCAUGUCAGACUAUAUAUUUUCGCACCGGUUGGAGCCGAAGUUAUGGACCGGCGAACCGAUAAUUUAAUCAAGGGUUGGUUCACGACUCAAAAAGUUGAGUAUACUAGCCCUUUCAAGCCGGAGUUUGUCAUCGAUAUUGAACCUUCUCAAGAAGCGGGAUCUGUGACGUUUGGUGUCUCAAAGUUGGCCAUAAUCGGCAUUGCUACUGGAGCUGGAGCGCUGUUGGCACUUCUCGGAUUCCUUGUUUCGGUAGCAUUAAGGCAAAAACGCAGAUUUGAGGAAGAACGAAAGAACAAUCCUUUCGGUGCAUGGGCAAAAGCUGAAGAUGGCAAUGCACCUCAACUGAAAGGAGCUCGCUGGUUCACUUUCAAUGAUAUGAGGAGAAUGACAAAUGAUUUUGACGAUGACAAUAUGCUCGGGGCUGGAGGGUAUGGCAAGGUAUAUAAGGGUGUUAUGGCGGAAACAGGUGUAAUACUCGCAGUGAAAAGGGCACAAGAAGGUUCCAAACAAGGUGCCGACGAAUUCAAAAAUGAGAUAGAGCUCUUAUCCCGGGUUCACCACAACAAUCUAGUUGGACUUGUGGGGUUCUGCUACGAUAAGGCUGAGCAGAUGCUUGUGUAUGAGUUCGUGCCUAAUGGUUCUCUGACAGAUUGGCUUCGUGGAUUGAAAUCAAACCAACCUCUUGAUUGGGACAGGCGGCUCUUGAUAGCACUGGGUGCAGCCAGAGGCUUAACGUACUUGCAUGAGAAUGCAGAACCACCAAUAAUUCACAGGGAUGUCAAAUCGUGCAACAUUCUGCUGGACAUGAGCAUGAAUGCUAAGGUCGCUGAUUUUGGUCUUUCGGUGAUGGUUUCCAGUGUGAACGACAACAAACGUGAUGAAACGAUCAGGGGCACGAUGGGUUACCUCGAUCCGGAGUAUUACGCCACAAAUAUUAUGUCCUCAAAGAGCGAUGUUUAUAGCUUUGGAGUGGUUCUACUUGAGAUUUUUACGGGCAGACCUCCAGUCAGUCGAGAAGGCCACAUCGUCACAGAAUUCAGGAAGAUAAUAGCCAAAUCAGGGGUAACCGGUGUCUUCGAGCUGCUUGACCUUGUGCUUGUUGGCACUCCCGUGCACGACCUGGACACGUUUCUGAAGAUAGCUCUAGAAUGUGUGGAAGAUACUCCAACUGAGAGACCCAGCAUGUACGAAGUGGUGAAGCAACUGGAGGCUCUUAUAGGACCUAAAUCCCUCUUGUCAUCUGGUGGUGAGGACCCCUUUAUUGCACAGAUGGCGAAGGCGAAGAAACCUAGAGUACCAUUGCAAAUCUUCAGUUCCGCAUUGGAAGAUUUCAGGCCUACUUCUGAACGACGUUUACAGCCAUCAGCAUCCUCACAUCGAUCCUCGUCCUCGUUCAAGCAGGCUACAAACUUGCGUGGUGUCAGCAGUUUUACUAUCUUUCUACUCUUUGAUUUUGUAAACUCUUUAAAAUAUUCUCAGUAGUACUAGAAGGCCAUAUUUGGGCUAAGAUUUUCAGGAGCUAAUGAUUGCCCACCGAUACCUGCCACUAAAGACUAUGAUUCUGCCUGCAUAUGUGACUCGAUAAUUCUCAUAAACGCCAAAACCCAAUCCAAUUCUUCGCAAAUUCUGGCACUAGAGUAUCUUAAUAGCUUCUCUUAAUUGAGAUGAGACUUGUUUGCAGCUGUGGAAAGUCCUGUUUCUGCCGAGUUUUAUGAUAAUCCGUGCGGCACCCAUGUCAGGGUAGUUUGUGCCGUUUAUGCUA